CCUAGUCGACAGCGCAGCAGCGGCCGCUUCCUCGACUACUACUCGCAAGCAGGCAGGUGAGCUCGGAGCCGCCUCCUAGACAGAGUUCGGUCCGCGCUUUCCUCGACCGGCGGUAGUUUCCCUGACCGCUCAGUCUCAUCUUGCAAGGCGCAGACUGUGAACGUCGCUCGGUCGCGCCGCCCGCCACUCGCGCCGCGCUCGUCCGUCGCCGCAUGUCGUCCGCUGCGGACGGAGAAUACAUUGCUACAAAUUUCAACAACAUGAGAAACAACGUCAAACCAUCAUUUUGGGGCCAGCGAAGCAAGAUGGAGAAGCGCCUGCUGCUGGUGGCGGGCGUGACCAGUGCGCUGGCCGUUGGCUUCUGCGCGGCUUUCGUGCUGGCUCUGCUGCUGCGCCCCGCGCCCGCGCACCACGACAUGCCACAAACUAGUGAACUGAGAUUUUCUGAAUCCAUGCCGCCUGCCGCCAAUUCCAAAGGUUCCGACGAGAAGAUCUGCAGCCAGCCGGGAUGCGUGCACACAGCGUCAAAACUAUUGCUGAACAUGGAUGAAAAAGUGGACCCGUGCGACGACUUCUACCAGUUCUCGUGCGGAUCUUUCCUGAAGAGCACGCGCAUCCCCGACGACAAGACCUCCGUCAAUACCUUCUCCAUCAUCACGGACCAGCUGCAGGAGCAGAUUCGCGCGCUGCUCGACGAGCCCGUGGCGCCCUCCGAGCCGCGGCCCUUCGUGCUCGCCAAGACCUUGUACCAGGCCUGCAUGAACAGAAGUUCGAUCGAGGCGCGCGGCACGGCGCCGCUGCUGGAGAUGCUGCGGCGGCUGGGCGGCUGGCCGGUGCUGGACGGGUCCGGUUGGAACGAGAACGCCUUCUCCUGGGAGAAGUCCGUCUACAAGUUCCGCGCCGCCGGCUACUCCGUCGACUACUUCUUCGACUUUUCCAUCGGAGUCGACGUCAAGAACUCUACUAAAAGAAUCAUCGAUUUGGACCAAGCGUCGCUGGGACUGAGCCGGGAGUACCUGAACCGCGGGAUGAGCGACAAGCUGGUGCAGGCGUACUACGAGUACAUGGUGGACAUCGCCGUGCUGCUGGGCGCCGACCGCGCGCGCGCGCUGCACGACCUCAAGGACUCGCUGCAGUUCGAGAUGAAGCUCGCUAACAUAUCUCUGCCACUUGAAAAACGUCGUAAUGCUACUAGCCUGUACAACCCUAUGACCAUUGCCCAGAUGCAACAAAAAUUCCCUAGGAUCCCUUGGCUGGAAUAUAUCAACACUCUUCUUGCGCCUCAUACGGUGGUCGGAUUAGACGAAAUUGCUAUAGUCAAUGUGCCCAAAUACUUUUCGGAGCUCGAGAUUCUUCUGGAGAACACCCCGAAGCGCGUUCAGGCGAACUACGUGAUGUGGCGAGUGGCGGGCGCGUCCGUGUCGUACCUGACGGAGGCGCUGCGGCGGCGGCAGCUGACCUACGUGACGGCGCUCUCGGGCAAGACCGAGCGCGAGAGCCGCUGGAAGGAGUGCGCCGACACCACCAGCGUCAGUAUGUCAAUUGCUGUGGGAGCUCUGUACAUCCGAAAAUAUUUCAAUGAAAACUCGAAGGCCAACGCUCUUGAAAUGGUGAAUGACAUUAGGCAACAGUUCCGCAAGACGCUGGAGGAGGUGGAGUGGAUGGACGAGCGCACGCGCAGCGCCGCGCUCGACAAGGCCGACGCCAUGGCCUCGCACAUCGCCUACCCCAGCGAGAUGCUCGACGACGAGAAGCUCAUUAAAUUCUAUGGCGGAUUGGAGAUGUCUUCGGACAAGCUGAUGGAGUCGGUGCUGAACUUGACCCUGUUCGGCACGGAGUACCUGUUCGGCAAACUGCGCGAGCCCGUCAACAAGACCGAUUGGGUCACCCACGGCCGCCCCGCCAUCGUCAAUGCCUUCUACUCCUCCAUCGAAAACAGCAUCCAGUUCCCUGCCGGUAUCCUGCAAGGCGCGUUCUUCUCGGCCAAGCGGCCUGCAUACAUGAACUACGGCGCUAUAGGAUUCGUUAUCGGCGACGAUCGAGAUCAUUCGCACUGGAUCCAGGGACGGCAAUUCGACAAGAACGGCAACUUGAUUGACUGGUGGCAGGAGUCGACCAAACAGGAAUAUCUGGAGAAAGCCAAGUGCAUCAUAGACCAGUAUUCCAACUACACAGUCAAGGAAGUCGGCAUGAAGCUCAACGGCGUUAACACUCAAGGAGAGAAUAUCGCCGACAACGGCGGUAUCAAGGAGGCUUACUACGCGUACCAGGCCUGGACCCACCGCCACGGGGAAGAGCAACGGCUGCCUGGCCUAGAAAGAUACACUCCUCGACAGUUGUUCUGGUUGAGCGCAGCGAACACGUGGUGCGCCGUGUACCGCAACGAGGCGAUCAAGGUGCGCAUCACGACCGGCUUCCACGCGCCCGGCCGCUUCCGCGUGAUUGGGCCCAUGUCCAACAUGGAGGAGUUCGCCAAGGACUUCAACUGCCCGAUCGGCUCCCCGAUGAACCCGGUCAACAAAUGCAAAGUUUGGUAGUCCUCGCAGGCGCUCAGGUGGCUGAAUCGACAUUGGGCUGGCCUGUCGCUCGAUCACGAACACGCUACUGCACCGGCUUACCACUUUAAUACCAUACCCCACAGCUCGACUCAAACGCCGCGUGCAGAUUUUUAAGCAACGUUCGUUGCUACUAUGUGAAAGUUUACUCGCAAUACAUUGCACCUGAUCGACACGUGUUCAGUAGACAUGUCUGGACUGUCAACAUAUCUACUAGCUCGACGGCCGCCGUAGAAUCAUAUAGUGCGCAAGGUAGUAGUGUGGUAUGUUUGUCAAAUUUAGAUGGAGACCUGAGUAUUCAAUUAAUUCAAGUAAUUAUAUAGUUAAAAAACAUUUGUAAAUAAAUUUAUGUCAUAUUCUUAUCAAAUUGUGUGUUUAUAAAAUAGGAUCAAAUGUUACACAGAGCACGACGAAAUCGUCAGUCGAUGGGUACGUUACAAAAGUAGAAUUACGUUCUAAGCUUGUAAAUUUAAGUAGGUACAAAGAAAUUAAAGUUUUAAGAUUUUUUAUUUCAGUAAAUUAAAGUGUUAAAGUUUGUAUAAGUACCCAAAUAAAAAUAUAUACAUAUAGAUAGAUAUACGACCUAAUUGGCUAAAAUAUCGUAACACACCUUUGUUACCACAGAAAUGAGGAUGUGUUCUGGUAUAUUUGGACACUUUGGCCGCCACUUAUUAUAUUUCAUCAAAUUGUACUUACUUACCUACGUUCCACUAAAACUACAAGAACAAAAGGUUCGUUUCUAGUAGGUAUAUUUGUUGUUUAUUUAUUACAAGAUUCGUCAAUAAGACAUCCGAUUUGUACGGAAACUCAUAGUUGCUGUACAUCGGCUUGUAUUUAUGUAUGUCUGUAUGUAAAGUACGUCGCUCUUAGCAGGUAAGUAAGGAAAUGAUCACUGAUAAUUUAAUUUUUAGCAUAAGUAGAUAAGUAUUACACUUUUGGAUACAAACUUAUUGUUGUGAGUCUUUAAACACGAAUAAAAGAACAUUUUUA